CUGCACAAGGCGAAACGUUCAAUCAGUUCGCUUAUCUGCUUUUACGUGGCGCACGUUUGCGAGUGUUGAAAUACUGAAAAUGGCUGCCGGUAUCAUCUCCCGAUUGGAGCCGUUCGAUUGUCGCAAUGGUGAUUUCGAUUAUUAUUUGGAGCAGUUUGACCACUUUCUAAUGCUGAAUUCCAUCGAAGAUGCGGCCAAAAAAGUGCCACUGUUCAUUACAAGUAUUGGCCAGGAUGCCUACCGCAUCCUGAAGGAAAGCUGUGAACCAAUGGAUCCAAAAGAGAAAUCGUUCGAAGAACUCAAGGCGGCUCUGCAGCAGUACUUUGCUCGUCGCCAGUUUUAUAACCGCAAUCAACGUCCAAAUGAACAACUGGGGGCAUUCAUCAAUGAUGUGAAGAGGCUCUCACUUAAGUGCAGCUUUGGUCCGUUUUCGAAGGAAGCCCUGCGUGAUCGUAUCGCUUGUGGGAAAUUAUCGGAAGAUAAGACUGAUAAGCCCGCACCAUCACCGCCAGCUCCGGUCCCAGUACAACCGAAAGCGGCACCAGCCCCGGCACCCGAAACAGCGGUCGCGAAACCAAAACAGCCAAAGAAACCUAAGGCUCCGCAAAUAACAGGCCAGGAAGUAGUUGUGCCGGCGACCGAAGGACAAAAGCAAAUGCGGCCACCAAAAGCCGGCGAACAUCGGUGCAAAAUUUGCGGACAUGCACACAAGGAAGCCGAUUGUGCCCACAAAGAUGCUUCCUGUUUUUUGUGCCGGAAGAAGGGCCACAUAGCAUCCGUCUGUCGAGAGAAACAUCAGAAGAAGAACCAACCGUCGCAGCCGGUUCAGGUGCAUGUCCAUGUGCAGCAGACAAGUGCAAUGAAAAAUGAGUGACUCCCCAGCAGUGGAUUAGGUAUAGGAAACGUCAAAAAAAAAAUGAAUGAAUUUAAUCUGUAGCGUUUAUUUUAAUGUGUUGGUCUGGACGCUUAUCACCGUUCAUCGAUCAAUGUUUCCGUGAUAGUGGUCAAUAAAGGUGACUUUCCAUAUA